AGUCGCACACAUUGUAAUAAGAGUUAACGUAAAAUGGAAAAUGAACGAAAAACAGAGAGGCUCACGAAGAAGCACAUUGCCAAGCUACAUGAAAAAAUACAGUACAAAUAUGAAGAAAUGCAAAGGAAACUAGAAAAAUCUAAAUCUAUUGAUUUUUUAUCAAAUAUCAAUGAUGAUUUCAAAUUUCAAAAUCGAAAGCCAUUUGUUAGUGUUAAUGAUUUAACUAAUGUUGACCAAGUGCAAAGGGAUAACAGUGUGAGUGUAAAUCGAUCAAAUUUAUACGUAGAAACGAACGUCUUACAAGAUAAACAAAAAGAUGCCACUUUCGAAGACAUAUUAUACAAAGAAGCAAUCGUUACAGAAUCUGAUUCCAUGACAAACACAUGUGAUAAUUAUAGUGAAUAUGAAAACGACUUUGAAAAUGUAUUUUUCAGUAAAGAUUUCUUUAAAACGAGCCUUGAAUCGUUAAACGAAGUUUCAAAAGAAAGCGACGAAUCUUCAGAAUUAACACCACCCCCUAAGUCUAUCCGUGAUAGAAUAGAAUCAAGGCUCAAAAAGCGACAAAAUGACGAAAAAGAAAAAAAGUGUAAAAGUAGAAGAAAAGAAUCUCUUGAAAAAGUUGAUAAAUACAUUUUAUCCAACACAUCAAAACAUCGAAUGUUAAAAUUAAUUAAAAAAAAUAAAAUAGCGACAGUCACCAUUGCAUUGAUUGAAGUUACAGGCUUAGAAGAAGUAGUAGAUGAAAAGUCACGCGUCUUAUCAUUCAGAUUUAGGCUAGGUGCAGAAAAGCGUAAAUGCAAAUUAGUUAAAAGCUUCAAAACAAAAGUGAAAUUUCAAGAGCUAUUUAAUCUAAGUAUGUACGACGAUGAAAAUAUUUUAGAAAUAUCUUUAUGGGAUAGAGAUAGUUUUAUGGGCAGGUGUAUUUUAGAAUUAUCACAAAUAGAAAAAGAAAGAACUCAUAAAAUGUUAUUAAACUUAGAUGGCGAAUUUAGAAAUAUUCAAAUAUUUUUUCUUUUAACUAUAAGUGGGACUACCUUAGGUAACACAGUAUAUGAUGUUGACGAAAAUGAAAUAAAGAAUAAAGAAAAAAUAAUGAAAAAUAAAUAUGCUUGGUAUCGUUUUUAUGAUCAAUUCAAAAAUAUUGGUAUCCUGGCCAUAGUUAUAUAUGGAGCGAAAGGCUUAUCAGCGCAAGAUUGUUAUUGUGUUGUUCAUCUAAAUAAUGAAAGAAUACAAACGCAAACUGAUUAUAAAACAAACGACCCUAGUUGGAUGAAAAUAAUAUCAAUUAUGGUAACUGACAUCACUUCAAUUCUAGAAGUCUCAGUUUUCGAUGAGAAAAAAUCUGAAGAAGUUGGUAAAAUUUCAAUUCCAUUGCUUAAUAUAAGACCGGGAAAGAAAUGGUACGCACUCAAGGAUAGUACACUUAAAGAAAAAGCGAAAGGCAAUAAUGCAAGAAUUUUAUUAGAAAUGAAUGUCAUUUGGAAUAUCAUAAAAGCUGCAGCUCGUGUCAUAAAUCCAAAAGAGAUAAAUUAUUUAUUAACAGACGAAAAAUUGGAUAGGCAUGUUUUCGCAAGGAAUUUAUCGAGAGCUAAAGCUGUUUCUGCAUGGAUUGUAUAUGCUUUUAAUAUUAUAAAAACUUGUUUCGCAUGGGAAUCACGAAAAGCUAAUACAAUAGCAUUGUUAAUAUGGAUACCAUUUUGUUUAUACGCUAAAAUGUGGAUGCUACCUCUGCUGCUGUUAAUUCCAUUUAUUUGGUACAAGCCUGAGCAUGGAACGGAGAAGAAUCGGUUGCAAGUAUAUUCCAAGAAUGAGAAGGAUGAUAAGAACGUGUCCUUAAGACAAAAAAUAAACAGCCUCCAAGAAAUUCUUAUCUCAAUACAAAAUAUAAUAGGAAAAUUCGCAAGUACUGGAGAAAGUAUUAAAAAUUUGUUUAACUUUACGGUUCCAUUUGUUAGUUUCUUGGCAAUAUUCUUUAUUAUAGUAAUAACAUUUGUAAUGUAUUUGAUACCGUUUAACUACAUCUGCAUUAUAUGGGGAAUACAUAAAUUUACAAAAAAAAUUUUAAUACCAAAUAGGAUACCGCAUAAUGAAAUACUUGAUUUGCUGUCUAGAGUUCCUGAUGACGAGACUUUGAUGGAAUGUGAAGAAUUACCUUUAGGUGACGUUUCAGAAGAUGACUAUUAAGAGGGGGUAAAAAGUGAAAUAGCUUCUAUUUAUGGUGUGUGGGUAAAUCCAGUUCAAGGUUAAACAUAAAAUAUUGUAUAUAAAUUACAUUAUAAAAAGUUUGUGCUUGAUCAAAAUUAUCAAAGAAUAAAAUUUUCUCGAUAUAAAAAAAAACAUGAAAUGUCCUCAUAAAUGUUCACAAAAAUAAUGCUGUGGGUGAUC